AUGACCACGGUCGACGGAGACGACAUGAUGUUAGAUGUCGGAGAGCGCGCUACGCCGCGGCCUUCCAACGGAGAUGGCGCGCCGCAGGAGUCGGCGACCGAGUUAAACCCCUUGCCCUUGAACACAAACAUUGCGGGAUUUUCACUCACAGUGCGCGACAGCACAAUAAGAUGCCAUUGCCCUAAGGGAACGAAGCGCUAUGCCAAGGAUCUCCUAUUCACUGGCAUGACCGAGGAAGGUCCAGUCUGGAUCCACCAGACUUGUCAGUCAAAGGACCAGGCCAAGAAAGACUUCGCACAGAUGAUGAAAAUGAUGGACGAGGGAAAGCUGAACAACUUCAUCAAAGAGGAUGACCCGGCUAGGCUGCGCUUGAUGGCGAGGAACUUCAACUCCAAGUUCCAUUGCGACGGACCAUGCAACGGCUCGGAGAAUCUCAAAGACUAUUUCCUAUGCACGAAGUGCCACGCCUGGCAGCAUAAGCCUUGCAUGCUGUACGGGGAGAAGGGCGACGCAAACGGUCCAGUCUGCAACCGCUGCUUUAUGAGCUUCCUUCUGCAUCGUGAAGAGAUAAUGGAGUGGCAGCGCAAGCGACUACUGGAAGCAGUACGUGAAGCCUGGAAGUUUCUAAAAUUGACAAAGGAAAUCGGCUGGGGGAAUCACCCUCGCAAGGACUGGGCGCGGAACUUCCUGACGAGGUUCUUCUACCAUGUAAGUCUUCCAGCCUAAGUAUACACUACCUCACGCUGACAUCGAUCAUAGCACCAAGGAGAGUUCAUCAAGUUCAUCAAAGAGCGAGACAAGGCUGCGGGAGGACAAAUCGCCCCAGCGCCGGCUCCCACUUCAGCUAGCAAGGACGAGUCUCAGAAGAUGGCGGAGCCCGACUCUCGAAAGAGAAAGCGCACCGAGACUGUGAAACCAACGCCUUCGAAGAUACAACCGGAUGUCGAAAAGAAGCCUGGUGAUGUCGCUCCACCAGCAGUCGGAGACGACGACAAUGCAGGCACUGACGACGAAAUCAUUGUCACUCAGGUGAUCAAGAAGCCGAAGAUGGGAGAGAAAAAGUCAGCGAAGAAAGCCACCUUCGCGCCUCUUCCUCCUCCUCAGGCUCCGUCUUUUGGCGGUCAGUCAGAGAAGCCCGUCAAGCGCGAGUCUCCAUCUCCAUCGCCAGCGUUUACCCCCGCCUCCUCAAACGGACGCAGAAAUCCUCUCCGUCAAUCUAGUCGGCUGUCUGGAACGCGCCGCAAGACAUACACCGUCGACCAGAAGUUGAGUGACGAGGAAGACGAAGGCCAACCAGAAGGUCAAGAAGAGGAUCAAACAGAGGACCUCGACAUCAAGGUCGAGCCGCUGCGCUUGGAAGCUGCCCAGGCUAAUCCAAAGGGCCUCAAGGGACCUGAUGAGAGGACCUCCUGCAUAUGCGUCAAUUAUCUACCUGCAGCAAGGAACUGUUUCGACUGCAAGAACUGCUCUUACCGCCAACACAUCGCAUGUGCGGAAGAUGGCAGAGGCGAAGAGGAGGAUCCGCAAAUUUGCAACAUAUGCUUCCGCAAGGCCGCAAAGCAGAACGCUCCGCAGAGGAAGUCUUUCCGGCCAGAACUUCCACGCCAAUCUCUCGGUUACGACGUACCCCAGCCUGCCAAGGCCACCUCUGCAGAGCUUGAGGCUAGUCUUCGCGACGAAGUCCCGAUUCUGUGCUCAUCUGUCUUGUGGAAGGAGUGGGUCGCUCUGCAUUCCCCUGAGCGCAGAGAGGCGCUAGCCCAAGCCGCCGCGCCAGCCGAGUGGCACGCUGAGAUGCAGAAGCGCAUGCUCUGGCUCAUCAAGAAAGCCGGCGCCGAGUCCACGAUCCGAUACCUGAAGCCCGUGCUGCAAACCUGGCCCCGCCGGAAUCACGAAAUCUUGAGAGCGAUUACCGAUCUCGUCCACGAAUUCGUUCACAGGGAAGAGGCGAGGCGGAUCAAGCGCAAGAAGCUUGGUCUUCUUUUGGAGGUCAUUGGCUGGGAGAAUCUCUACACGUACACGCGUUGGAAGGGAGGUGCCUGA